AUGCAAGAAGAACUGGAGGAUAUCCGACAGGAAUACGCGACUUCGCUGGAAGAACUCACUUUCAACUCGAAACCAAUCAUCUCCAACCUUACGAUCAUCGCUCAGGAGAACAUGCAAGCGGCUGAGGUUAUAUCUCGGACGAUCGAAGAUCAUAUUGGCAAAUGCGCUCCAGGCCAUAAACUACCGGUGCUCUAUCUGCUAGACUCCAUCUGCAAGAAUAUCGGUAGUCCAUACACCACCCUGUUUGGCCGGAAUCUCUACCGUACCUUCACGGAUGCUUACACGCUCGUCAAUGAUGCGAUCCGCAAGAAAAUGCAUGAACUCUUCCAAACAUGGAAACAGCCGGUACCGAGUACUGGACAGCCUCUUUUCCCGAACGAGCCCUUGCGCAGGAUUGAAAAUUACCUGAAUAAGGCCCGGUCAGCGGUGUUGGAGAUCCAGCAGAAUUACGUGCCGCCUUUUCGGUCUACGCCUCCGACGCAACACGCUCGCCCGGCGUACGCGGUCCCAGACGCAGCCAGAGGGUAUCCGUCGGUGACGGCUGCCCCGGCUUCGGCAGGUAGUGGAUACUCUGCAUAUGCUCAGGCGCCCGAGUCAGGGAAUGGUUAUCAAGGUUAUGUCGAGAAUAAGCCUGCUGCCGCUGCACCAGUCACAAAAGCGAGCUUGACCGCAGAACUGAGCACACUAAUCGAGCUCACGCGGGAGAAAAUACAAGACAACCCCGGCGAUGUGGAUGCAGGAACCCAGCUAUCUGCUCUCACGCAACUAUUUCAGAUCGUGUCGUCGUCCGAUCUGCCACAGAACCAGUUGCAGACAAUCAAGGACGAGCUUAACGUGCUAGCGGAGGAUCUUCGACGAAACAAAAACAAGCGGAAAGCUGCUAUGGCCGCAGACGCCGCCCCUCCUCCCGCCAAGCGGCAGACUCCUAUGUGGACAGCACCCACACCAGCUUCAGUGCCUCUUCUACCCCAGCAACAGCCAGUCAACCAGUUGAAUUUGGGUGCACUCCAGCCUGACCUGCUCGCGCAGUUGUUGGCUUCGGUACCCCAGCAACCUCAACCACAACAGCAGUAUGCGUCCAAUGCGAACGCGUUGACUGCGGCCUUGGCUGGAAUUCCUGGUUUUGGCUUGCCGAUUCAGCAGCAGCCUCAGCAGGCUUCUGCUAAUGACGCGGCUGCCCUUUUCGCGUCUCUUAUGAGUGCUGGACUGAUCAAUGCGCCUGCAGCACCGGCGAGGCAGAACAGAAUGUUGGAGAAGAUUAUGGGGCCAGAUGUCGAGCUUUCUAAUAAGUUCAUUCAAAAGCCCCGUCCGGACUUUGUAUUUUUAUUGUACGACUCCCUUCCACUUCUCUGCGGCACAUGUGGCCGCCGCUUCGCAGACACAGAACGCGAUCGCAAGAUUCGAGACGCCCAUCUGGACUGGCAUUUCCGCGUGAACAAACGCCUGCGCGACGAUAGUCGAGGGCAAAGUCGAAGCUGGUAUCUGGGCGAGGAAGCAUGGAUUCAGUCGGCAGACGCGGACGCCGACUCAUCGAAAACAGGCGGUGGUGCGGAGCGGGCGAAGAAGAUGCAGGAGGUGUCGCAAAAGUAUAUACUGACGCCCAAAGAAGCUUCGGUGGUGAACACGCCGUGUCCGAUCUGUAUGGAAAAAUUCAAGAGCGUGUGGAAUGAAAAAGCGGAGGAUUGGGUGUGGAUGAACGCGAUCAAGCAUUCGAACGGGAAGAUUUACCACGGGACUUGUGCGUUUGAGUGUGGUCUGCUGUAG